UAUAGAUCAACUACUACUGCGGAGGAGCCAAGGGCAAGACUGAACGCCCCUGCUGCAGCUGGCUGAUGUUCUUUCAUCUCCGUAAAUACUGAAAUGCCAGUUGCGGAGUGUGGAGGACUGAGAAUCGGCGUGGGCUGGUAUGAUAAGCCUGGUCCGAGUUUGCCAUUACUUGGCAGGUACGAUCCGAUGGUGGAGAUGUCCUGACAGCUCACCUUAUCGACCCGCAUCGCAUCAAAGUUGCUUCUGCAAUGGCCCAUACUUUGGAUCCAUUUGCCGAGGCGGAUAUUAAAGCGCGUUUGCCGGGGGCUUGUGUCGAUUUCGUCACCGCUGCAUCCAUUUUCAAUCUAAUGUACAUAUGAACUGCCCUGGACAACCACGAAACCAUACUUGAACGCCAAGUUAGGUAUUGAUCCUACGCCUCUGCGAGAUGGCCUCGGUCAAGAUAUUCAGCUUGGUCGUGCGGACCCUCGCGAAACCCAUUGCGAAUACCAUCAAGGCUCAAGCAUCAGAGCAUGAGUCGUUUAGACGGCUGUGCAUUGGUCUGGCUCAGCGCAUGCACAGGACCGAAGCCAGACUUCGGAUGGGUCUGCUCAACGAGUCCGCCCAGAACAUCAAGCCAUUGAAUGAUACCAGGGCCAUUCAAAACGGUGCCACGACCCUCGCCGAAUCCUUUCUCUUUCUGGUCGGUGCGGGUCUCGUUGUCGGUGAAUCAUGGCGAUCCUCACGGAAAGAAGGUAAACGGCGAGACGACGUCUCGGACCGGUUAGAAAGGCUAGAAGCGGAUCUAGGGAGUAUCAAAGGCUUGAUAGAAGAUGACGGGAAAUGGAGUAAAACACUGGACGAUAUGAGAGAGAGAAAUGAGAAUAUCCAACGUAUAUUGGAGACUGUCGUUUCCAACGGAUUAAAAGCUGGAUGGAUGUCAUUAGGUCAUCAGGAUGGGAUCGGAGACGUAUUACCAUUGAUGACUGUUCAAAGGGGUUCAGAACAGGCUCUGCCGGGGCCAGAUGGGAUGUCCGCGUUGAGGAUAUCUACGCCUUGGCAGGCGACCGAUGAGGGCGGGACGACCGGCCUAGGGGACAAUAGCAGCAGACAUGAUAGCAGCAUCAGUCCUGGUAGUAGUGUUGGCAUCAGCGUCAGCGACGGUCGUAUCGCUGCAAGCUCCUCAUUAGAUGGUAGUCAAGCUAAUGAAAGGUGAGGUGCCA